CCCACUGGUUCUCCAUCCUCAGCGCAGGAACACAGGGAUUGAACUUGUCAUGAUACCUGCUUAGUGGGAACAACUCAAUCUGCUCUCUGGAUUACAGUUAACUUGUCCUGGAAAGUUGCAAAAAAAGGUUGGAUUGUUGGAUUAAAGAGGAAUAUUAAUGAGGAGACGCGUCCUUGGAUGUAAAGCGGGUAAUUAGAGAGUGGAUUACUGAGGAAUCAGAGCGUGUUGUUGUUUAAGAUGCGGAAACAACAGUCCGGGCUGUGAUCCACGCGCUGUGGUGGAGCAGCAGCAUGUCUCCGCUCGGGAUGUCCCACAGAAGACAGCCACAAGUUUUCUGUCUGUGCCUCGGCUGAGUAGGACCUAAGUCAUCAUGUCAAAAGUUAUUCAAAGGAAGAACCACUGGAUUACCAAAGUCAACGAGUGCGCGCUGUUGCGUAACGCGUGCGGGGAGCUGAACGUGGAGCUGCGCGGCGGAGCGGAGCACGGAGAGUUUGCGUACGUCGCGCAGAUUCGCGAGGAUGCUGUGGUUUAUCAGGGGGGUAAACUCAGCGUGGGGGAGCUGCUGCUGGAGGUGGAGGGGCUGCCCGUGUCAGGAUUACCGCUCUAUGACGUUUUAACUGUGAUUCAGUGCUGCAAAGAUCCAGUCUCACUCACAACUGUGCGCCAAGGUCAAAAGCUCAACAAGGACCUGAAGCACUACCUGAGCUUGAGGUUUCAAAAGUCUUCACCUGACCAUGAGCUGCAGAAGACCAUCCGAGCCAACCUGUAUCGCCAUGCUGUGCCUUGUACAACCCGCCGCCCUCGAGACGGAGAGGUCCCAGGGGUUGAUUACAACUUCCUGUCUGUGGAGGACUUUGUAGAACUCGAGGAGAGUGGGACGCUACUGGAAGUAGGAACGUAUGAAGGUAACUAUUAUGGGACCCCCAAGCCACCGCGGCAGCCCAUCAUUGGGACAGUGAUUCUCGGUGAUGCAGGCUCCCAGCGGUCCGCCCCAAAGCGCACCAAAUCCUACCAUGACAUGCAAAACGCCCGCGUAGUGCCUGCUGACGAUGACGAUGACGACCAGGCCACGGAAAUGAACAACAGUUUCACAGGAUCCUUAGUGCGUAGUCUCUUCCCCUCUCCUUUGCUGUGCACAGGUAACCCUAACGAUCAGGACGAGAGCCGCGGCGGCAUCCUCCGGCCGUACCCCGCGCGUGACAAUGCUCCAUCCUGUGGUUUGAACAAUGCGGCCAUUGCCACGGCGGACAGUGGGCAGCAGACGCUCGCAGAGCCGCAGGUCUCUCCUGAAGACCCGCUGGGACCUCUGCCGGAAAACUGGGAGAUGGCCUACACGGAGAACGGAGAACUUUACUUCAUAGACACGGCAAAGACACACCACCCGGACAUGGCUGUGUAUUUUCAGAGCUUCCACAACACAAAGACCACGUCAUGGAUGGACCCGCGGUGUCGAGACAAAGCAUCCCGGCCUCUGGAAGAGUGCGAUGACGAUGAAGAAGGGAUACAUACAGAAGAACUGGAGAGUGAUUUAGAGCUGCCUCCAGGAUGGGAGAGAAUAGACGACCCAGUGUACGGAGUUUAUUAUGUAGAUCAUAUAAACAGGAAGACGCAGUACGAGAACCCAGUGGUGGAGGCGCGGCGUCGGAAAAUCCUGGAGCAGCAGCAGCCGCCGCAGCCGCAGCCUCCAGAAGGUGAGCGGUAUAUUCGAGCUGAAGGAGGCCAUUACAAGUGGAUAGAGGAGCACUCCUCAGCAGCAGCUCCUCUGGCAAACUACGCUCCCAACCACCUGGAGACCUACAGGGACCCACAGGUCCCACCUGCUCUACCUCCCGGCCCUGCAGGAGUCAAACGAGGGAAGCCUUUCUUCACAAGAAACCCAGCGGAGCUGAAAGGAACCUUCAUCAACACACAGCUGAAGAAGAGUCGCCGCGGCUUCGGCUUCACUGUGGUCGGAGGCGACGAGCCAGACGAGUUUCUGCAGAUCAAAAGUUUGGUGCUGGAUGGGCCUGCGGCUGUGGAUGGCAAGAUGGAGACAGGUGAUGUGAUAGUCAGUGUGAAUGACACUAUAGUGCUGGGAUACACCCAUGCUCAGGUGGUGAAGAUCUUCCAAUCCAUCCCAAUUGGCUCCAUGGUGGACCUGGCUUUAUGCCGUGGAUAUCCUCUACCCUUUGACCCCGAUGACCCUAACACAAGCCUGGUGACCUCAGUGGCAAUCCUGGACAAGGAGCCCAUCAUCGUCAACGGUCAGGAGACAUUUGAUUCACCCAGGAACCAGGCAGGACCUGAUAACGGCAUGAGGGAGGCACGGCCACACAGCCCGUCCUCUGAGGUUGCGUCGAACGGUUCGCACGGUUACUCCAGCGACGUGGUCAACCUGGCGUCUUCCAUAGCCACCCAGCCCGAACUGAUCACCAUCCACAUGGAGAAGGGAGACAAAGGAUUCGGCUUCACCAUUGCUGACAGCCUGACGGGCGGAGGGCAGAGGGUCAAGCAGAUAGUGGACUAUCCGCGGUGCCGUGGCCUCAAAGAGGGGGACAUUCUGAUGGAGGUGAACAAGAGGAAUGUCCAAAAUAUGAGCCACAACCAGGUGGUGGACCUGCUGAGCAAAUGUCCAAGAGGCAGUGAGGUCACCAUGCUUGUUCAAAGAGGAGUGGUGCCAGCCAAGAGGAGUCCAAAGCUGGUGCACCAGUUGGAGAGGAAAGACAGCCAGAGCAGCUCCCAGCACAGUGUGUGCAGCCACCGCAGCACCCACACCGACUCUCCCAGUCACCCGCCCUCUGCCAUGCUGAGUGAGGUCGUGGCUCCCACUCCUGCUGCCCCCACCCAGCCGCUGCCGGGCCUGCCCCCCCAGGACCCUGCAGAUGGCACCCUCACCCUCCAGAAGAAGCCGGACCCCUUUAAGAUCUGGGCUCAGUCCAGGAGUAUGUACGAGAGCCGAUUGCCAGAUUCUCAGGAGCAGGACAUCUUUCUCUGGCGGAAGGACACGGGCUUCGGUUUUCGCAUCCUGGGAGGAAAUGAGCCAGGGGAGCCUAUCUACAUAGGGCACAUAGUGAAGUACGGCGCAGCAGAUGAGGACGGGCGCCUGCGGUCGGGCGAUGAGCUCAUCUGUGUAGACGGCACAGCGGUGGUGGGCAAGUCCCACCAGCUGGUUGUGCAGCUGAUGCAGCAGGCUGCCAAACAGGGACAUGUCAACCUCACCGUCAGGCGCAAGACCCCUGGAUUUGGAGGGUCAAAAGGAGAAGGUGACGUUCCUCCAUCGCCGGCCUCCUCCCACCACAGCAGCACCCAGGCUCCCAGCCUGACCGAGGGCAAGCGGACGCCCCAGGGCAGCCAGAACUCGCUCAACACCGUCAGCUCGGGCAGUGGAUCCACCAGCGGCAUAGGCAGCGGUGGCGGAGGUGGCAGCGGAAGUGCGGUGGUGCCCGCCUCCCUGCAGCCGUACGACGUGGAGAUCCAGCGCGGAGAGAACGAGGGCUUCGGGUUCGUCAUCGUGUCGUCCGUGUCCAGGCCUGACGCCGGCACCACCUUCACUGGAAAUGCUUGUGUGGCAAUGCCCCACAAAAUAGGCCGCAUCAUCGAGGGCAGCCCGGCAGACCGAUGUGGGAAGCUGAAAGUCGGGGACCGAAUAUUGGCCGUCAACGGAUGCUCCAUCACCAAUAAGUCGCACUCGGACAUCGUGAACCUGAUCAAGGAGGCUGGGAACACAGUCUCGCUCAGGAUCAUCCCCGGUGAUGAAUCUUCCAACGCUUCUCUGCUGACCAACGCCGAGAAGAUCGCUACCAUCACCACCACGCACACACCUCAGUCGACAGAGUUGCGGAAUAACUCAAAGUCUAAAGGAGCUCCUCCUCCUCCUCCCUCACAAAUGCAGACACAGGAUGCUGAGUUCUACUCUGUGGACCUCGAGCGGGACAGCAAAGGUUUUGGCUUCAGCCUGAGAGGAGGGCGGGAAUACAGCAUGGACCUGUACGUGUUGAGACUAGCCGAGGACGGGGCUGCUGUCAGGAACGGCAAGAUGAGGGUGGGGGAUGAGAUCCUGGAGAUAAACGGUGAGAGCACAAAAAACAUGAAGCAUUCGCGCGCCAUCGAACUGAUCAAGAACGGCGGUCGGAGAGCGCGGCUCGUCCUCAAGCGGGGAGAUGGAUCUGUACCUGAGUAUGACGGCAGCAAUGACGGGCACCCUCCCUCACCCGGGGCACAAAACACUCCGGAAGUGAGAACGCUGCCAUCCAACAGCCGAUAUCACACCUCAUUGGAGUCCAGUUAUCCACCAGACCUUCACAAAUCAUCACGCCAGGAGGAGGCUGUGCGUGGCCGAGACGGGGACAGGAACAGGGACAGGGCUGGGUCAGAUCAGAUGGACUACCAAGGCCGGCAAUUUAACCCCAACCAUCAUCACACCUGGAAUAACAAUCACAGUAAAAGUUCCCCGCGACAACAGUCUCCAGACAACAGUAACAGCAAUAGUAGUGGCAACAAGAAGAGCCGAGGCCGCAAAGUCAAAAAGUCUGACUCCGAGAGCGGCAUCUCUAAACUCCUAAAGACUCUGAGGAAAGACAGCUCGGGGAAGAAGGCUGCCGCUGCUGAGAAACUGAGGGGACGAGAGCUCUCCAGCAGCAGUUCUACUUUGGAUGGGAGGUCUCGGCUGCAGCGCCGCGGCUCCCUUGACCGCUCACCAACCCGAAAACGUGCCUCGUCUCCCGAUCGCCGGCGGGCCAAGUCGAUGGACCGCAGGGCCGAGCGAGCACAGCGGGACCGCACGCCUGAGAGGGAGAACGACGACGGAGGGUUCCUCGCGGUCACUCCCGAGCGCAAGUUAUACGAGCGGAGGCUCCUCAAGGACUCGCAGAUGGCUGGGCGCAUGAGUGAGGCCACGACCCCCGAGCGCAGCAACAACUACGGAGACACCUCAUCUCUUUCCAUGGGUCGCACACAUGACAGAACCACAAAGAAUGGCAACCUCUUGAGCGACUCCUCCUCAGAGCGGAGGGAGGAGAGACUUCCGAUGAAUGGGACGCCGGAUAGACGAUACAAAAUGGAGCGGGACUCUUCCCCCGACAGCACCUACAGCAGGGAGGAGCUGAACUAUGCAGCAGCACCCAGACUGAAGGACUACUACAGCAUGAUGAAGAACAACGCUCCGCACAACAACGCUGCCUACAACAACGCAGGCACCAACAAUAACGCAGCAGCAGGCCACAGCCCGAGCCAGCUCCCUGAACCCAAGAGAAGGCUGUACAAAGAAAGCUCCAAAGACCUCAGCAUCUAGAGCAGAGCAGAGAUCCUCCCCACCCCCACCCCCCCUCGCCACUCUCUCCUCUAUCUGUGCAAACUAUGUACCAUACACUGGAAUUGUACUUCUGAGGAUACUGACUCUUGUGCUUUAUUCGGUUGACUGAUCUAUUGAUUCAUUUGAUUGACUUAACGAUUUGUGAUUCCAUCCAGAGAUUCAUAAAAACAGCAGGAGUACAAUCCUUCUCUCCGCUCAUACAGGUUGAUUUGUCAUCGUUCCGAUUAUUUUGAACAUAACAGGUUGUUGUACUAUAGUAAAGGUAUUGUAUGUGCCUGCAUAUGAAAUCAGUGAUAUUGCUUUUUUUGUAGGCAUUGCUGAAUCUAAAUAUUUUGUUCCCUCAGAGGUAUGAAACAUGCUUCCAGUUGUGGUAACUUCUAACGACUAAACUUGUUUUCAACUCGUUAUGUGGAUAUUUUUUUUCCCAUUCCUGAAUCGCUUUACUGAACAAACUAUAGCACAAGACACUGGUGGCUCACAAGAGCUGUGAAAAUCUCGUUGGACUUGAGGCAAAAUGUCAAAAAAAAAAAAGAAAAAAGAA